AACAAGCCAACUGCAGUCAGUUCAAGUUUUGCGAACAUUUCGUGAACACAUAGGCAGCAAUUUUCCACCUUCAGCAGGACAGAGGAUGGCCGUUGUUAAGAUAAUGCAAACUGCUGUUUCAACGCUUGGCUGGUAACUUCUUAUCCUAGAAAACAAACGAAUGGCAGAAACGUGCAUAACGAAACUUGAAGCUGCCGUUUUAUUUUUAAGCUUCUUUCAAAGCGGUAUCAUUAUUCCGAUUUCCUCUGAAUGUUCCGGUGAAGAAUGCCGAUCCAUCGUUUUCAAAGAACCCAUAGAGGGCAAAGUUAUGACGGGCCAUCUGAUCAGGCUUGAAGAGGUGCCCCAUCGAGGCAGUUGUAAUGUGCUGUGUUAUAUGGAGCCCAAUUGUGUGUCCAUAAAUAUUGGGCCUUCUCAAGGAGGAAACUACAAUUGUGAGUUGAAUAAUGCUUCAAACGAAAGUCCAGGCUGGUCGCGUGACCUUCAGAGUAAAGAAGAUUAUACCCAUCUCAGUAUCGAGAAUCCCUGUAGCAGCAGUCCCUGUUUCAACAAUGGCACAUGUCAAGCUGGAUACACUGAUAAAGUAUUUCGUUGUAAAUGUCCUUUAGGAUUCACUGGUGUAUACUGCAAGAAAGCCUGCAGCCUUGACUUUGAAAGUGGUAUCGGCGGGUGGGAAAUGACAGGCAGAGCUUUUAUUUACCAGCCUACACUUGGCGACAAUCCAAAAUAUCGCGGCAGAGAAAGCGCCAAUCAGCAAGGGGACUGGUGGAUAGGGGGAGCUGAGAAAAGGCCCAGUGAGAGCGAUACCGCAGGAGGGCAGCAUCCAGAUGGACCCGACGUACCCCACGGAACUCUCACCUCACCUUGUUUUCGUAUCGUCGGCAAGAAUAUCUCGUUUCUCAUUGGUGGGGGAUGUACCGUAACUAAUGUUCGUGCGGAGCUUAUAGUCAACAACCAGGUCGUCAGAAAUGAGACAGGAAACUGUUCAGAGACAAUGUUCCGUAAGAGUUGGGACGUAGAGGAGUUUAUUGGUCAAUACGCGCAAGUCAGACUCAUUGACAAGAAGAGUUGCUGUUAUGGUCACAUCAACUUUGAUGACCUUAAAGGAGACAUCGUUUGUCCUCACUAUUUUGACGAGAAAAACUGAAGAGACCGCGGCUCCUAAAACUGACAUAUCACCUCGUCUGUUUUUUUUUUAAUACUUACCUUGAAAGUAUGAUUACACAGCUUUUGACGUACUACAGUACGAGAAUUAUUUGUCUACCGAGUGGGCAGUGAAUUUGUGAUUUGCAUUUUCUGUCGCUAGCCUUUUCAAUUACUUCAAUCGUUUAUUUUUAGGUUGUCAGGAAGGACACAGGAAAAUAUAAAAAAAGAACUCGGCCAAUAUCCAGCCAUCUUGACCUCACGCUUAUAGCUGAUAACCCAUAUAUAUUGUGCUCCUUAAAUUAUGGCAGUCUAACGAAAAAAAAAAAAAAAAGAAGGAGACUAGUAAAGGAAAACUUAUAUAAUUAGCUCUCUAAUUUGUUAAAGAGAUGAUGUUUCAUUAGUAUUGAGCAAGAAACCAGCGUAAAAGUGCUUUUCUAUUCAUCUUUAUAGAUUUGUCUUUAAUUAAUUGUUAUCUUCACCUCUAACAGGCGGUCACCUCUAUUAAGCGCCCAAAGGCAUGUUGUUAUUGUCUUCCACCUGUAUUGAACGGUGACAUAAAGCAAAAGACAAAUCAAUCUCUCA